GCUGGAGGUUAGAGUGUUGCGGUGCAGAGCUCGUGGACGCGUCGGCAGUAGCGGCGUACAGCAGCGCACCGAGCGCGGUCAACUUCGCCACUACUGCACAAUAAACACGCCAUGUCGGAGCGAAGGAGACUCUGUGGAUCUGACUGCGCGCGGUCCUACUACUAGCGAGCGUGUGUGCGCGCGCGUGUGAGAGGGAGAGAGAGAGAGAGAGAGGAGUGAAAGAGAGAGACAAGGAGAGGGCUGCUCUUUUGCUUUCUGUGGAUAUCGCCUUCAUGGACGGGCAACGGGGCUUUUACGAGAUGGAGAACCCGGCAGAGAACCCCAGCAAGGCGGCGGAGUAUCUGAAGGAGCUGAAUAAGAUCAUCGAGACCCAGCAGGGGCUGCUGGAGAAGCAGAGGGUCCGGAUUGAGGAGCUGGAGCUCCAGGUGACGGAUCUUUGCAAGGAAAACGUCUGUCUAAAAGAUCAGCACCAACGGCACCUGGCCACCUGCAGGCUCCAACAGGGCAACCACUCCGCCCUGGGAGCCAUCAAAGAGAAUGUCAUGCAGGAAAAAUCUGAAAGUGAAAGUCAGAGAUGCGUCAGGCGGCACGCCUCAUUGCCCGUAGAAGUCUCUGAGAUCCCUCUAAACCUUUUUGCCCCUCCAUGUAGAAGGAGUUACCCCUGUCGCAAAUGGAAGUCUGCAUCUUUUGGACCAGACACAGAGGUCCCCAGCUCCGUCAUGAUUCACAGACGCCACCAUCACUCUGUGGAAGGUGAUGCUCCAGGAACUGAAGUGGGAGCUUCUGUGGACCCUAGUGGUGGCUACAGUUGUGUCCCAGUGACCCACAGCGGCGGGCUCGGCCCCGACCACCUGGACAGCCAGCUCUACGGGCACAUCUUGCUGCCAGGCCACCCACGGCCCAGACGGCCCAAGCUUCAGCACUCUCAGUCCAUCCUCCGCAAGCAAGCAGAAGAGGAGGCAAUCAAGCGCUCCCGCUCGCUGUCAGAGAGCUAUGAGCUCUCAUCUGACCUACAGGACAAGCAGGUGGAGAUGCUAGAGCGCAAAUAUGGUGGGCGUUUCAUAACCCGGCAUGCUGCCCGCACCAUACAGACAGCUUUCCGCCAAUACCAGAUGAACAAAAACUUUGAGCGUCUUAGAAGCUCUAUGUCUGAGAACCGUAUGUCCAGACGGAUCGUCCUAUCCAAUAUGAGAAUGCAGUUUUCCUUUGAAGGACCUGAAAAAGUCCAUAGCUCCUACUUCGAGGGAAAGCAGGUCUCUCUCACAGAUGAUGGCACUAAAAUUGGUGCACUAAGGCAGUCAGACCAUGGCGGGGAGAUGGGUGUGCAGGCCAAGACCCCCACCACACAGAGCGACUUCACAGAUGCCAUCACAGAACUAGAAGAUGCCUUUUCAAGGCAGGUGAAAUCUCUAGCCGAGUCCAUAGAUGAUGCUCUGAACUGCCGCAGCCUACAUGGUGAAGACAGUCAGUCAGAGCCAGGGAGAGGCCUCCAGGAUAUGGACAGAGAGGUCACCUGUCAGGUGAAACCCUCCCACAGCGCCUCAGAACACCGUAAACUCGAUGAGAUGACAGCGUCUUACAGCGAUGUCACCCUGUACAUCGACGAAGAGGAGUUGUCACCACCCCUUCCUCUUUCUCAGUCUGUAGACCGGCCCUCAAGCACAGAAUCAGACUUGCGCCAGCGUUCGCUCAACUCCUCACAAGAUUAUUGGUCUCUUGCUCAUAAGGAUGAAAAAGGGGACACCGAUACCAGCUGCCGCAGUACACCCUCCUUGGAAUGCCAAGAGCAACGUCUACGGGUAGAUCACCUACCCUUAUUGACCAUAGAGCCUCCCAGUGAUAGCUCAGUGGAGCUGAGUGAUCGUUCUGACCGCAGCUCUUUAAAGAGACAGAAUGCCUACGAACGAAGCAUCAGCAACCAGCAGAGUAGCCCUAAACAAGUCAGCCACAGCCUGCCACCUCGAGGGCCUUCCAGAGAAGAAGACACUUCCCGACAUCGAUCGCGACAGCUGGAGGCCCAUCUGGCAAUCAAUGGUACAGCAAACCGGCAGAGCAAGUCAGAGUCGGAUUUCUCAGAUGGCGACAAUGACAGCAUCAACAGCACAUCGAACUCCAACGAUACCAUCAAUUGUAGUUCUGAAUCCUCGUCCAGGGACAGCCUGCGUGAACAGACGCUCAGCAAGCAGACGUACCACAAAGAAACUCGCAACAGCUGGGACUCACCUGCAUUCAGCAAUGACAUCAUUCGCAAGAGGCAUUACCGCAUUGGCCUAAAUCUCUUCAACAAGAAGCCAGAAAAAGGCAUCCAGUAUCUGAUAGAGCGAAACUUUGUUCCAGACACUCCGGUGGGUGUGGCCCACUUCCUGCUCCAGAGGAAAGGCUUGAGUAGGCAGAUGAUUGGCGAGUUCCUGGGUAAUCGGCAGAAACAGUUCAACCGGGAUGUCCUCGACUGCGUAGUGGAUGAAAUGGACUUCUCAGCUAUGGAGCUGGAUGAAGCGCUCAGGAAAUUCCAGGCACACAUCAGAGUCCAAGGGGAAGCACAGAAGGUAGAGCGACUGAUAGAGGCCUUCAGCCAGCGUUACUGCAUCUGCAACCCCGGUGUGGUGCGACAAUUCAGGAACCCCGACACCAUCUUCAUCCUUGCCUUUGCAAUCAUCCUCCUCAACACUGACAUGUACAGCCCCAACGUCAAGCCUGAGAGGAAGAUGAAGCUGGAGGACUUUGUUAAGAACCUUCGAGGAGUCGAUGAUGGGGAGGACAUCCCCCGAGAGAUGCUCGUAGGGAUAUACGAACGGAUUCGCAAGCGGGAGCUCAAGACUAACGAAGACCACGUUUCCCAGGUUCAGAAAGUGGAAAAGCUAAUCGUUGGAAAAAAGCCAAUUGGCUCUUUACAUCAUGGUCUUGGCUGUGUGCUAUCUCUACCCCACCGGAGACUGGUCUGUUACUGCAGACUUUUUGAAGUGCCCGACCCCAACAAACCUCAAAAGUUGGGCCUGCACCAAAGGGAGAUCUUCCUUUUCAAUGACUUGCUAGUGGUUACAAAAAUCUUCCAGAAGAAAAAGAAUUCUGUGACAUACAGCUUUCGACAGUCCUUCUCUCUUUAUGGCAUGCAAGUCCUCCUCUUUGAGAAUCAGUACUAUCCCAAUGGCGUUCGCCUGACUUCAGCCAUUCCUGGAGCUGAUAUCAAAGUCCUCAUCAACUUCAAUGCACCCAAUCCUCAGGACCGCAAAAAGUUCACUGAUGAUUUGCGAGAAUCUAUUGCAGAAGUCCAAGAGAUGGAGAAGUACCGAAUAGAAUCUGAGCUGGAAAAACAGAAGGGCGUGGUGAGGCCUAGCAUGUCCCAGAGCUCCGGGUUAAAGAAGGAUGCAGGAAACGGAAACCUGAGCCGAGCAAGCCUCGACGACAGCUAUGCCAUUGGUGAAGGUCUGAAGAGAAGCGCCCUCAGCAGCUCCCUACGCGAUCUCUCAGAUGCAGGCAAGCGUGGGAGACGCAGCAGUGCAGGAUCACUAGACAGCAAUAUGGAAGGGUCCAUCAUUAGCAGUCCUCACAUGCGGCGGAGAGCCCCGUCCAGCCGAGACUGCCCAUCCCGUCACAGCGCCCAGUCCCUGCCCAACUCUUCCUCGUUGCUCGGAUCGUUGUUCGGCACCAGGCGUGUGAAGUCGCCCAGCCCCACCCCUCAGCCCCAGCUGCACCCUACUCUCAUCUCCCACACCCCGCACCCAGCCAACCUGCACCACACAGCCCGCGUGGAGACGGAAGGACCGGUGCCCAUGCACCCGCACCACGCCCAGUUCUGCCACAUGACCCAGAACCCACCCCCUUAUCACCACCAUCACCACUACCACCCGCCGGCCCACUUGCAGCACCCACCGCACCAGUACCACCCUCCCCCGUCUCACAGCCAACAGCAGCCGUACCCGGCUCAUCCUCACGGGCCCCAUGGGCACGGGAGCCACCCACCGCACUCCUCCACCCACCCCACUCACGGCCCUCCCCACCACCACGGCGCGCCGCCACCAUCCUCCCAGGGACCCAGCAGCACCAAGCCCAAGCACAGCGGCAUCAGCACAGUGGUGUGAGGGGCAGGGCGUCCUCUCUGGACCCUGCAGCUGAACUUUUUCCUCCUGGGCUGACAUGAUGGUGGCACUGUGCAUCGCCGGUCUGGGGCUACGAAGCCAGACGAGAUCCCGUUGUGCCUCCUUCAGAUUUUUUUCCUUUCUUUUAGAGCCGCUUCUAUCAUUUUGUUUCAGGACAUAAGACAUGUCUACCCGCUUCAGGAGCAACAGACAAGAGCAUGCACAAAGACCACAACUACUGUUUGUUUCUCAGUAAACUACCGGAACUCGCUUACUAGUAUUUUACACAAGAAGUACAUAUUAAUCUUCACACAGUAACUUUAAACGUUGUCAAGACAGUUUGGCUGAACAGACACGAAGACGACAGCUCAGCCUCAGCCGUGGCUGUGCAAGUAUUUAAUGUAGCAGUAGCUCACAGUGCACUGUGAUAUCUCUGUUAGCAGUGAUAAAUGUGCCAAUUAUUAAAGCAUUUACUAAUUUAGUCACACAGAUUGCUUUAUGUAUAUUGUGCAUAGUAUUUUGUAAAAUAAUAAUAUCAAAUGUUAUUAUUAUAGUUAUUACUACAGAACAAACAGCAUCGAUGAAAACUCUCAGUAUUAUACUUGCACAUAGAUGGCGUAGUUUCACUGUUAAGAAACCAAUCAAAGCUUUUCUUAGUUAGGCAGUCGGACGCAAGAGUACUGCUGUGAAUGGUUGCCUUUGAGCUAGAAGUUAGAUUGUUGAGGGCUGCUGCACUCCAGCCCACCUACAGUCUCAUCCACUGCACGUGUCUCCGGGCCGGAGCUCUCUCUCCCCUGCUCUGAAAGCAAAGGAAGCCAGCGGCACUCGCUGCUUGCCUGCCCUCCUUUUAUUUUUUUAACUAUUUUUUUAGAAUCCAAUGAACAAUACGAAUAUAUAAAGGCUGUCCUGCAGCCUGGUGGGACUCUGCAAGUCUGUCCUGCAGGGGGAGGAGGAGGACGCUGGAUGUUUUUCAUGUGGAAACUGAGGGAGAAACUGUGCAGCAGGGAAACAUGUCCCACUGUGGAAGCUCUCAGCUGGCUGAGCGUGCCCUCUCCCUCUUCGGUUUCCCCGUGCGUCUGCUGGAACGGCGAGCGUGCCGUAACUGACUGUUUUGUUUUGUCUUGAGGUUUUUUCCCUGGGAUGGACGCCACAGAGCAAAAAUCAAUAAUUAUCAUUCUGUGAUGGUGACAGCGCCCUUAUGCUUGACUCAUUACGGAGAGCGGUUUUAUAUCAAUCAUCUUUCUGACAUAUUAUGGGAUGGCUGGUUGUACCUCCCGGUCAUCCCGUGCACAGUAUCUGUGGUGUGUGUGUGGAGCGGAGGCAGGGGGGCUGCUGUCCUGGAGCAUAUUUUCUGUUUCUGAAAGCAACAGAUGCAGCGCUCAUUCUACAUAGCUGAUAUCAAUGGCAGGAGUUAGUCUGUAUCUGCUUAAAGACUGUGAGAUGCAUUUUUUAAACUAGUGCAAUAUGUAUUUACUGUUUUUUGUUGUUGUUGUUGUUUGUUUUUGUUGAAGAACAAGUUCAAUCUGUUGGUCGUUCUGUUAGUUUCGCCCUUUACUUUCUCCCUCCGGCGUCCUCUGGCAUUUCUUUCUCAGUGUUUCAGUGAAGUGCAAGUAUCCACAUGGAUUUGGAGGAACUGGACCUUUCACACUGAUGCAGAGUGUCACAGAAAAGAACUGCAUGUAACGUUAUAUCUUGAGGCUAUUUUCAAACUGUGUACUCCCAAACUAUAUCAGUGUUACAGUUGUUUAAAAAAAAAAGAAUGGUAGAAUAGUUUUGACUUCUUCAAAUACAGCUAACCGAAGUCAGCGAUGUGUUCAUGUCACUCCAGACGAUCAGUAACCAAAUCUGUAUUUUAACCCGAUCCACAUGCAGUACAGUAGUUAAACUGGAUCGUUAGUGUUCAACUGUAGUUAAAGCAGGACCUGAUCAAAGCUGUAACGGGGAAGCUCUGUGUAUUCUGUCAUUUGAAAAUCAGAGUGAUAAUCGAUUAUUUAAAAAGGAAACUUUUAUCUUCACAUUUUCUCUCUGUCUGUCAGCGGCGCACACGUUACCAUUUUCAAGUGGUGUCCAGUAGAUCAGUAUUCUUAAAUAUAUAUGCCCUCAGUUAAAGCCACACUUUGUACUUGCUUCAUAAUGUUUGAUUGAUUAAUACGCUUAGAAAUGCUCUUUGUAUUCAUUAUAAGACAACUUUUGGGUUGCCAGGUUCUGGAAAGUGUCUUGUGGCCUAAUGUUUACCCAGUUAUACAGGAAAUUACACAUUUUUAUGAUAUACUAUAAAUUACACGUUUUUAAGGUUUCUCUCUAACAGUCUAGUAGUUUACACAUUCACCCAACAAGCCAAACGUCCCCUCUUCAACCCAGAGAAGAGACACAGAUCCCUUGGUGUUUGUGUAAGGACGGGCAUCAAACAUGAGGCGCUAACUGCUUUGGCAAAGAGCAGCCAAAAGUAGCUUUUUUUCCCAGGAAUCCAUAGUCUGCAGCUGGCUGAUUAUUAUAAAUGGUAUUUGCUACACUGUUUUUUAGCUCUCUGCUUUUAUUGCAGUAGCUUUGCAUGCUUUUCACUGUUCAGAAUAAUCCAUUACAUACUCAGUUUAGCGCUGUCUGAAACAAGCAGUUACAGCUCUGUUCUCCUUCUUUUUAAGCCAUUUAGUUUCUGAUUGGCUGCACAAUGUUAUCAGUAUAUAGAUUUUCAAAUGUAAUUUUCAAAGCUUUUUCACAGGCUAAAGGUGCUCUGUUGAGUUUCCAAACAUUAGUAGGUUUAAUAAGCAAUUUUUUAUGAUUCCACUCUGGUUUGGAAAGCACAAGUAAAACCUCCCACGUGUGCAAGCAGAAUUUAGAGUUUGUGCAAAGUCCAUAGGGCAGUUUCAAGUGAUUUUCGUUGAUAUACAAAGCAGGUUCCACACUUGGCACAGUUUCCCCUCCACAUGUGCUAACUCUCACAUAAAACAGUAUAACCUGCCUCUUAUUGAGGUGAUACUCUAAGCAAAUAAGAUACAAAAACUAUGAGAACUGCUUCAGUAUUUCCUGGAAAUGUUCAGUGAGGAUGUAGAUUUGCCAAGACCUUACAACCUGGCAACCCAGAGCUUGUGCUUCUUAAAGUUUUAUUACUGAUUUUGUAAAGCAUUUAGUAAUGUUAAAAAAACAAUUAGAUUCUUUAUCUUUUUUUUUUGUUGAAAA